AUGUCCACCGACCCCAUCCGCAGCGCCACCAUCUCGCGCGACACAAACGAGACCAAAAUCCAACUCGCCCUCAACCUCGACGGCGGCAUCCUCCCUUCCCUCUCCCCCACAAACGGCGAAGAAUCCCACGCAUCGCAAACCUCAAAAUCCCAAACCAUCCAAGUCUCGACCGGCAUAGGCUUCCUGGAUCACAUGCUACACGCACUCGCAAAACAUGCCGGCUGGUCCCUCGCCCUCAAGACGGUCGGCGACCUCCACAUAGACGAUCACCACACCGCCGAAGACACCUGUAUAGCCCUGGGACAAGCGUUCAAAUCGGCGCUGAAGACCACGUCGGGUCUCGCGAGGUUUGGAUACGCGUAUGCACCUCUGGAUGAAGCGCUGAGUAGGGCGGUCGUGGAUCUGAGCAAUAGACCGUAUAGUGUGAUUGAUCUGGGGACCAAGAGGGAGAAGAUUGGGGAUUUGAGUUGUGAGAUGCUACCCCAUUGUUUGGAGAGUUUCGCGCUGCACGCCGGUAUCACGAUGCAUGUGGACUGUUUGAGGGGGAACAACGAUCAUCACAGGGCCGAGAGUGCAUUCAAGGCGUUGGCGGUGGCAUUGAGGAUGGCGACAAGUCCCGUGGCCGGACGAGAAGGGGAGGUACCUAGCACAAAGGGCGUUCUAUACUAG